AUGGAUACAAGUAUAUUAUCUGAAUCUGUGAAUCCUAUGCAAGGGCUCAAUGACAUUUAUUUUAAAGGGACUCUAAAGGCUCCAACUGAACACGGCAAGUUCUCCACCGAUACUUGGAUCAGUUUUUGGUCUCUCGAUGAUUUGACAAUGAAAGGUGGUGGAUAUUUGGAUGGCCAAGGUAAAUUUGCGUGGCCCUUUAAUGACUGUUCCAAGAAUUCAAACUGCGAGCCUCUUCCAAUUUCAAUUAGUUUCAACUUUGUGAACAAUUCAAGAAUCCAUCAUUUAAAAUCGAUCAACAGCAAGAACACUUAUUUUAGCAUCUUUGCAUGCUACAGCCUGGAUAUCACAAAGGUUAAAAUUACAGCCCCCGAAGAUAGUCCUAACACAGAUGGUUUUCGCAUUGGCCUCUCAAGAAAAAUUAAGAUUUCUAGUGCUGUUAUUGGGAUCGGUGAUGAUUUAUAUCUAUGUUUUAAAGUAGUCAAGAUAUUGAGAUAA